UCACGUGGUUCGGUGAGUUGUGUCCCUGACGGACGCUGCGGUCUGCUGAAGGUUCCUGUUCGGCUACACAGCAUUCAUCCUUUGUUGGAACAGAUUUUAACAACGAGCGUGAAAUUACGACGCGGUUUCUGCCAACAUGACAUCACGCAGAGGCCCCCGAGCUGCUGGAACUAACGGGAGUGACUUUAAACAAACAGAGAGAGUGGCCCCACAUUACCAGAUGAGUGCUGCUCUAAAAUCAGAGGUGAGGAAGUUAAACUUUGUCCACCUAUCCAUCUGGCUCUUAGUGUCGGCACAGGUAGCUGCCACCUACUUCGACCUUGUGUCACAGGACACAGUGUCCACCCCGUAUCAGUGGCAGUACCCCUACCUGCUCAGCGUCUUCCCUCUGUUCUUCAGUGCGCUGUCGCUACCAAAGAACAAUAUCAGCUACCUGGUCAUAUCGAUGAUCAGCUCAGGCCUUUUCUCUAUGGCGCCUCUUAUUUACGGAGCUAUGGAAAUGUUCCCUGUGGCACAGCAGCUGUACCGCCACGGCAAGGCUUACCGCUACAUCUUUGGCUUCUCUGCAGUGACUGUUAUGUACCUGAUCAUGGUGGUGGCGGUUCAGGUGCACGCAUGGCAGUUGUAUUACAUGAAGAAACUGUUGGACUCAUGGUUCAGUGCUACUCAGGAGAAGAAGAAGAAAUGAAUGAUGUAAGCUGCAAUGUACUGUUAAUUAAUUAAUUUAUUUUUUAUCAUGGUUAUUUACACUCAACAAAAAUAUAAACGCAACACUUUUGGUUUUGCUCC